AUGAGGAUCCCUAGCUUCUUCAAGGUUUAUACGGAAUCUACAAGUUCAAAAUCACUGCAAAUUCCCCCAGCUUUUGUUGAAGAACUUGAUGGAAUUGUACCAAAGAAACCUACCUUGAAAAACAGUAAGGGAAGAAGUUGGACCGUGCACACAGAAAAGAAGGGAGAAGAUUUCUUUUUCAUGAAUGGAUGGUCGAAAUUUGUAUCAGACAUAUUGCUCGAAGAUGGUCAUGUACUAGUUUUUGAUUACGAUGGGGAUUUAUGUUUCGAAUUUAUGCAUUUUGGGCAUUCAAAGUGUGAACAAAAAUUUGUUCAGCCUCAAUCAACCAUGAAUGACUUGGAAAAUGUUGAGGAAGACCAGGAUGAAGAUGGAGAGGACGACAAGGGGAAGGGGAAGGAGGAGGAGGAUGACGAUGACAAGGACAGUGACUAUGAAGCUGGUGAGGACACUGAUGAUAGUGAUUAUGAGUAUGAUGAUAAUGAUGUAGAAGAAGAGGGUGAUGAUGAGACUGAGGAAGUGCAAGAGGAGGAAAAGGAAAGGUUGAAGAAGCUCAAGAAGACAAGUUUAAGCAUCACUCAAAAACAGAAAAAUAAACCAGUUACCCGUUCUAGUUCUAGAAAAGCAGUUGUGGAGUCUAAUGUUGGCAUAACAGUGAAAGGAAAAACAUCAUCUUCUAUUGAAAUUCCUGAGUUUGAGAGUGAGGACACCAUUUUCAAAUACGGAGUUGUUAAGCGUCCUGAAAAUUCUUAUUUCGUGACGAGACUUAGACGGGACAAACCAAUUGAACUGCAUCUUCCGGCUCAUAUAAUGAAAGACUACAACAUUAAUCUUACGCCGUCGGUGAUGUUGGUGGAUCAAGAAAAGAGGCGAAUUUACACGAAAGUCGUGAAGCGGAAAGACGGGAGGACCGUGCUCACCGGGGGAUGGAAGUUAUUUGCUAGAUUUAACAAUCUGGUUGAAGAAGACAGAUGUAUUUGUGAGUUUGUCAAGAACCAUCGAGCUGAACUGUCUACAAUUUACUUGAAGAUGACAGUUCUUCGUGCUGGUUCAUGGCUUCCCAAAUAG